UAAUUUUUAUUAUCUUUAAUAAAAAGUCAAGUAUUAUUUUACGUAUUUAACCGCGUCAUGACAGCAGGAUUAUCAGUCGCCUGUAGCCAGCUGCUGAGGCGGCGGCUGUGCGCCUUCUUAGGGAACGUGGGGCGAUGCAUUGCGACGUCAGCGGACGUAAUCAUUCGCAACAAACUCAGUUUGCCGCCCAACAGCGCUACCAACUUCGCCGAGUAUGUCAUCGGCGGAGCACGCGGCAGGGAAAACCAAACUGCCGUCGUGUGCAGCGACUCGGGGCGCCUCGUGAGCUUCGGGGCGCUGAAGGAUGCUGCGUUUCGGUGGGGCGGUUACCUCUUGACGAAGGGUCUGGGGAGGGGCAGCGUGGUAGCGGUGCUCAGCCCCAACAUGGUCGACUAUCCUGCGGUGGUGUUUGGCACCAUCAGUGUGGGGUGUGUCUACACUGGCAUUAAUCCCAACUACACUGCCACCGAGGUGGCUCACCAGCUGAAGGACAGCGGAGCUGAGAUGGUGGUCGUGUUUGGGCCGCUGCUGGAGGUGGCCAAGAAGGCCAUGGCCAUCAACAAACACGAUCUUCCUAUGGUAGCCAUCGGGCCAUCAGAUGGCCUCCCUAACGUCGCCGAUAUUGUCCAAGACGCGACCAUAAACUUCGCUGAUCCGGCCAAGUUACGUCAUCAAGUCAGCACUUACGCCUCUGCUGAGUGCCCGAGCUUGGUGAUGACGCUGCCCAUGUUCCACUUGUCGGGGUUCCUGGCAAUUUCCAGCCUAGCGAUUCUCAAUGGAAUAAAACUCCUCAACAUCACAAAGUUCAAGCCUCAGACAUUUAUUGAAAUUCUACUUGAACAUAAAGUGAACAUGAUGCACUUGGUUCCCUCACUCCUGAAUUUCGCGCUCGCGCACCCGAAAUUCACUCGACAGAAUUUCUCGCACGUUGACGCCGUGUUGUCUGGCGCCGCCCCCGUCCCCCCCACCGCCGUGGCCAAAGUCAGUGACGUCAUCGCCCCGCACGGCCAACUCCUACACAUUUACGGGAUGACCGAGACGUUGAUCAGCCACCAGGACCCCGUGGGGGACACGCGGGUGGGGUUCACGGGGCAGCUUCUGCCGGGGCUCGAGGGGAAGGUGGUCGACCUCACCACAGGGGAGGACCUCCCCGUGGGGCAAGUGGGGGAACUCUGUACGCGGGGACCAACGCUGAUGAAGGCGUACCACAACAACGCUGAGGCGACGGCCGCGACGCUGGACCAGGACGGUUGGCUGCACUCGGGCGACGUGGGACGCUACGACGUCGACGGCUACGUCAGCGUCGUCGACAGGAUCAAGGAGCUCAUCAAAGUCAACUCUCUUCAGGUGUCCCCCAGCGAGAUAGAGGACGUGAUCCUGCAGCUCCCCCAGGUGGUGGAGGUGAGCGUGGUUGGUGUCCCCCACGACAUGACGGGUGAAGCCCCCAGGGCCUACAUCACCACCAAGGGCGGCAUCGAUGAAAAAACGGUGAUGGCGCACGUGCAGCAACACUGCGCCAAGCACAAGCACCUGACGGGCGGUGUUGCCAUCCUCGCUGAACUUCCU